AUGGAGCUCGUCGGGAGUUGGAGGAAGGUGAUGCCUUACAUGGCCAUGGUCUUCCUGCAGUUCGGCUAUGCCGGGCUCUUCCUCCUCUCCGUCGCGUCGCUGCGCCAGGGCAUGAGCCACUACGUCCUCGUCGUCUACCGGAACGCCAUCGCCGCCGCUGCCAUGGCUCCCUUCGCGCUAUGGUUUGAGAGGAAAACAAGGCGCAAAAUGACCCUCUCCCUGUUCUACAAGAUCGUUGCUCUGGCACUACUCGAGCCAGUCCUUGACCAGAACUUCUUCUACAUAGGAGCCCGUAACACGUCGGCGAGCUUCUCUUCGGCACUCACCAACGUAUUGCCUGCCGUAACAUUUGUAAAUGCCAUCCUGAUCAGGAUGGAGAGAAUAAACAUCAAGGAGCGGCGGAGCCAGGCGAAGAUCGCCGGCACGGUGAUCACAGUCGGCGGAGCGCUGCUCAUGGUACUCUUCCGCGGCCCUGUCCUCAACUUCCCAUGGACCAAGCAUGCCGGAAGCCACGUCGUUGCCGACACGGCCAACCACAGCAGCGGUUGCUGGCUCUUGGGCAUCGUCAUGAUCCUGUUGAGCAGCUUCUGCUGGUCCGCCUUCUUCAUACUCCAGUCGCACACGUUGAGGAGUUACCCGUCCGAGCUCUCCCUGACCACGAUGAUAUGCGUCAUGGGCGUCGUGCAGAGCGGCGUGGUUGCGCUGGUGAUGGAGCGUGACACCAAGGCUUGGGCAAUUGGAUUCGACAUGAGGCUCGUCACGGCCGCCUACUCCGGCAUAAUGUGUUCAGGGGUUGCUUAUUAUUUGCAAGGGAUAGUUAUCCAAGAACGGGGGCCAGUGUUUGUCACUGCCUUUUGCCCUCUCUGCAUGAUCAUAGUGACUGUGCUAGGCUCCUUCAUUCUUUCCGAGGUGAUCACAUUGGGAAGGAUCACCGGUGCAAUGAUUAUUGUUGUUGGUCUCUAUGCUCUCAUCUGGGGCAAGAGCAAAGACCAUGUGAAUCAAGUUGAGCGCAAUGACAAUUUUGAAAAGCACAACUCUUUUGAGCUACCGUUUACUACCACCACCAUUACCAAAGCAAGCAACCUUGAUAUGACAAUCACCGUGGCUGCAUGCAGCAACGAAAGCCCCAUGGAGAAUCAACUUACAAAGUGA